ACUGAGAAAAUGUUGCAGUUUGGGACAAAAAAUUCUCGACAUGCGUGGUACAUUUCAGCGUAAGAGGUUAAAAUCUGCGUUUCGUAAGGCAGUGAAAAUCGUGGAGAGGCGGGAGAGAACGGGCGACGGCCGAAUCGGGAUCAGAGUCUGGUGACAUAAAAGUGAGAAAGUAAACAAGGUGUGCGCGUGCACCGUCGUGUCCACGUACGCCAUGUGCGCCCGUUCAUGAUCAGCAAGUGCUCCGAAUAACGUUGCUCUGUCGCUACGAGUCUUCGAGUUUGACUAGCGAAGAAAGAAGAAGAAAAAAAAAAAACACUCAGUAUUGUUAAAAAUAUUGUGCAUCGCAGUUUUGAAAUCGCGGGGGAUCAAAGAGCUUUCUUCGAUUGAAACAGUGCGCGUAACGAAUUGUUAAGGUUAAGUCCGUAACUUGUCGAAGAAAAAGAGAAGACUUGGCUCGUCAAAGAUACGACAUACGCGCCUCGUGUAUUCUUGUUUCGCAUAGCUGGAAAAAAAAAAAAAAAAACAAAGAGAGACAGGAAACAGAGUGCUCGUAAAUCUCUCGUUCCUCAUCUAUAUUCCGUGUCGAACGUCGGAUAAGCAUUUGAGAUCGCGGUUGAAAAGAAGUUGGGCGCGAUAAGUUUGAAAGUCAGCUGUUCGCCGAUCGAGCAGAGAGAACACUGUGCUAAUUCCUCUUCGGACGAUCGAUCGAUGCUUCGAUUUGCAUCGCGUGUUCCGUGCACGCGUGAUAAUUGGCGUACGAACGUAAUCCGACGAGAGUGAUCCGUCCAAUAAAUUCAUCGACAGCGAAAAAUCGGCGCUCGAAAGGUGUUGAAUUCGUCGAACGCUGUCCGCGAGGACCGAUUGCUCUUUCGUUUCCCCUACCGUGUUAACAAUUAGUGCCACGUCUUCGAGCGAACAGUUUGAUCGAUCGUUGAACAUUCUUUACGAUUAACGAUCUUCCUCCGAGAUGAAAGAGUGAUCGACGUCGCGAAUCGGAGGCGCGGCAGUCGGCUCCCAACUCGUGAACCGGUCGAUUGAACGUCGUCUCCGACGAGCGACGUUCGUUUUCGACGUCGGACCCGACCAUCGCGCACCGUCACCAACAGCGUACGAGCAAACAGUGAUUACUAAUUUACCUGAUUGUUUAUCAGCUAAACGGUCGUUAAACGGUGGCCAGUUCCCGUGCAUGUCCAGCCUUCGUGACACGUGGAGGAAGAGGCACGUUAUCGAAGAAAAUUUGCCCCGAGAGGUCGGCUCGCUACGUGGGAGCGAUUAUAACACAAGCCAGUUCAUUCAUCGUCGUGCGGAUUCCAGCGCAGCGGAAGUGACGAGGAGGACGACGAGAACGUUUCCCCGAAGUUCCGAAGAGCGAGCGUGUGCACGCACGCGAUAUCGUUGACUUUCGAAGCGAGUCGCGCCAAUCGCUGGCAGUGGGUGAAAAGAGCGUGUAACGCAUGUGUAUAUAGACGGUGUUCCGCGUGGAACGGGAAACGGGCGGAACGGAGAGAGAGAGAGUGAGAGAGUGAGAGAAAGAGAGAGAGGCGAGGACGGACAGGGAUUCCAGAGAGGAACGCACGACGAGGCAAACGGUAAAGAAAGGGGCAAAGGGGAAAGAAGAGGAAGCAGCGCGAGGCAUCGAGGAACAAGGAUGCGGUCGUGGCGAAUAACAGCGGGCUGCUGGACGACUGAGCGUCCUACGAGACGCACGGUCGCUCCUUGAAGGACACCGCGGUUUUCGUGUCCGGAGGAUGGACUACUCUGUCGAAGGGAACGAGUUGCGUGCGAGACGACCGGCGUUCAUUCUUACAUGACGACCACGCUGUCUUAUGAACCUGAUUGUUCCACUUCGUCGAGGCGUCUCGCCACACUCAGCGCACGAUUAUGCAGCUGAAGAAAGCGAUGCUUAAGAUAUUUGAUCAAUUAGGCCUGCACUUGCGGAGCAUCGAAGAACCGAGAAUGACGGCGGAGACGGCAGCUCCUUGUGUGCAGGGGAUGCAAGGGGCGCAGACUGCUGUGGCUGGUCAGGGCACAUUGCAACAGGUGCAGGAUGGAAAGUCCACCGGUGGUUAUUACUCUUCGACUUCUGCCGUCUAUGAUCCGGAAUACGCCCGCAUGGAAGCUUGGCUCGACGAACAUCCAGACUUCGUCAACGACUAUUUCCUCAGAAAAGUGACGAGACAGACGGUAGACAUGUGGCUAGUCUCGCACGCGACGCCAACAUCAUCGUCGAGCAGUUGCAUGGAGUUGUCCAGUCCUACCCAUGCAGGUGGUACGUCAUCUUCUGGCCGGGGUGGCUCUGGCGGAUCAGGUGCUACAACGCCUGUUCGUAAAAUCUCAGCUCAUGAGUUUGAGCGCGGUGGUUUGUUAAAGCCGAUCGUGAACACAAUUGACGGGACGCCCACAUUUCUUAGCGUUUCGCCUGGGGAUUCGGGCCAACCAGGAGGUCAGCAGGUUAGCUCGGGAAACGCGGGCAGACCCCAAAGACGAUCCAGACACGAAUUGAGGCAUCUCGAUGAGAAGGAUCUCAUCUUUGAAUUGGUAAAGGAUAUCUGUAACGAGCUGGAUGUGAGAUCAUUGUGUCACAAGAUCUUGCAGAAUGUGAGCACAUUGCUGCACGCCGAUCGUGGUUCUUUGUUCCUUGUCCAAGGCGAGAGAGGCGGUGGUUGCAUGCCCUCAUCGCAAAAUCACGAUUCUUCGUCGAACAAUUCGACUGACAAUGCAAAUUCAGGGAAAACGGGAAAUGGGAAUUUCGAGCAACGUGGGACAGGAUACGCGAGGAGCAGAUGUCUAGUCUCAAAGUUGUUCGACGUAUGUUCGAGAUCGACGCUGCUCGAAAUGGAGAAAAAAGAUGAAAUCAAAAUUCCCUGGGGCACGGGAAUUGUCGGAUACGUCGCCGAAAGUGGAGAACCAGUUAACAUACCAGACGCUUACAAGGACACAAGAUUCAACCGUGAAAUUGACGCAUUAACGGGAUAUAGAACCAGAGCUCUUUUGUGUAUGCCAAUAAAGGAUUGCAAUGGAGAUGUUAUUGGAGUUGCACAGGUUAUCAAUAAACUCGGUGGCGAAAGUCAAUUUACUACGCAAGAUGAAAAAGUUUUCGCUGGAUAUUUGCAAUUCUGUGGAAUUGGAUUAAGGAAUGCGCAGCUGUAUGAAAAAAGUCAAUUAGAAGUGAAAAGAAAUCAGGUACUUUUGGACUUGGCUAGGAUGAUUUUUGAAGAACAAAGCACGAUAGAACAUAUGGUCUUGAGGAUUUUAACGCAUACACAAUCCUUAAUACAGUGUCAGCGAGUACAGGUCCUUCUCGUGCACAAGGCAUCAAAGGGGAGUUUCUCACGAGUGUUUGAUUUCGAGGCGAACGACCUCACCGGCGAGGAUUCAGAUUCUCGCACUAGUCCAUUCGAGAGCAGAUUCCCUAUAAAUGUCGGCAUCACUGGCUAUGUCGCUACGACUGGCGAGACCGUGAAUAUACCGAACGCCUAUGACGAUCCAAGGUUCGAUCCUUCGGUAGAUGAUGGCACUGGAUUUAGGCAUCGCACUAUCCUCUGCAUGCCUAUCAAGAACUCAUCCGGUCAGAUUAUCGGCGUUAUUCAGCUCAUCAACAAAUUCGACGAUCUUGUCUUUACAAAGAACGACGAGAACUUCGUCGAGGCAUUUGCUAUUUUCUGCGGCAUGGGAAUUCACAACACACACAUGUAUGAAAAAGCUGUGAUAGCAAUGGCCAAACAAAGCGUCACAUUAGAAGUGCUUAGUUACCACGCUUCCGCAUCAUUGGAGGAUGCACAAAGAUUAAGGGGUUUAAGAGUGCCUUCUGCAGCGUAUUUUCAAUUGCACGAUUUCAAAUUCGAUGACAUUCAUAUGGAAGACGACCAAACUCUGACAGCGUGUCUUCGAAUGUUUUUGGAUCUUGAUUUCGUGGAACGUUUUCAUAUUGACUACGAUGUCCUUUGUCGUUGGCUUCUUAGUGUAAAAAAGAAUUAUCGAAAUGUCACAUAUCAUAAUUGGCGUCACGCGUUCAAUGUUGCGCAAAUGAUGUUUGCCAUUUUAACUGCCACACAAUGGUGGAAAAUUUUUGGAGAAAUUGAGUGUCUUGCAUUAAUUAUUGCCUGUUUGUGUCACGAUUUGGAUCAUCGGGGUACGAAUAAUUCUUUUCAAAUCAAAGCGUCCUCGCCAUUGGCACAACUUUACUCAACAUCAACGAUGGAACAUCAUCAUUUUGAUCAGUGUCUUAUGAUAUUGAGUAGCCAGGGAAAUCAAAUUUUAUCAAAUUUAUCUCCCGAAGAAUAUUCUCGUGUGGUAAAAGUUCUCGAAGAAGCAAUCCUCUCUACCGAUCUAGCAGUUUACUUCCGAAGAAGAGGAGCUUUUCUUAGCUUAGCUCAAAAUAGUGGUUACAAUUGGGCUUAUAGUGAUCACCGGGAACUUUUAAGAGGAAUGUUGAUGACUGUAUGUGAUUUAGCUGCUAUAACUAAACCCUGGGAAGUUGAGAAGAGAGUGGCAGAAUUGGUUAGCAGUGAAUUUUUCGAACAAGGAGAUAUCGAAAGGCGGACUCUUAAUAUCACUCCUAUUGACAUUAUGAACCGCGAGAAGGAAGACCAACUGCCAAUGAUGCAAGUUGGCUUCAUCGAUUCGAUAUGCCUUCCUAUAUACGAGGCAUUCGCUUUAUUAUCGGAUAAAUUGGAACCAUUGGUCGAAGGGGUUAGAAAGAAUAAACAACAGUGGUUGAAGAUCGCGGAGUCUAGAUGUAAAACAGACAACUGCACGAAUCAUGAUAGGACGGUGUCAGUGUCCGAUACCGAAGAAACCAGAGAACAGAUGGACCAAUAGUCAUUGUUUUGGUGGACAUGACAUAAAAUGGAGACAAAUGUAUACGGAUUUCUACCUGUUUUUAGAACGAAGAAUAAACAGAACACGAUGUUAAAAAUAGUAGCAGGUGAUAAUCACUCAUAAAUUUGAGGAGUUUUACACCUUCUCAAUGCUAGGUAUUACAAAUACUGUUAAUGUAUGUCGGAACAUUCUUUGUAUUGAUGCUUCAUAAUGUUGCAGCUAUAGAGAAAAAUUCUUCAGAAUCAUAUAUAAAAACGAUAAAUAUAGGGUAUAUAAACAAUUACUUACAAUGAUCUUGAGUUUCACGAUGAGAUCAUCUUGUGUUAUCAAGAUCAUCUUUCUGAGUAACCUUCAAAAUAUUUCUUAUCUAACUUCAUACAUAUACAUAUUACGCCAAUCCAAACCAAAAUCAAUAAGCAAAAAAGUAACAAAAUAUUUUUUAAAUAAAAAGAUAAAUUCCUGGCCAACAAAAAUUGAAAUUAUGCUCUUAACAACAUAUUUUAUUGACUAUUUUAUUAAAAUUGGUGAAAUUAAUUUUAUGAAUAAAAUUUAACCAAGUUUUAACGAGUGACUUAUAACUUUUUAACAGAUGACUGAAACCUCUUGAAGAUUACUCAGGAGAGUGACCUUCAUACAUAUAUGAAGGUCACAUUGAAAGUUAGACUUUUAAACGUCGUAAAAACUGUGAAAACUCUUCUAUUUUGAGAAAUCAUUAAUUGUAUGCCUUGAGUGUUUUCCAGUUUUAUUUGCAUGUAAUCCUAAAUUGAAAUUUAAUUUUACUUAAAAGAAUAAAAAUUAUUUUUAGCGAGAUUAUCGUAUACAUUUUAUACAUUCAUCAAUGAAAUAAAAAAAAUCAAGGAAGCUGAAGGUGAUUAGUUUAAAACGAUUGUUGAGAUGCUUCGUCCUCUCUAAAACAGAUCAAUCCCGAGAUGCUACUCUUGUACCUGAUCGUAUUGUACGUAUACUUACUAUGGCAGAUCUUUGAUAUCCAGAGAGGACGAAGUAGAAUGAUGAUGUAUAAAAAAUUCAAUGGAAUCGCAGAAAGUUGACUUUCUUUCAAUAUGCGAUUCCUGUUGCAAAUUGAAGACCUGUGGCUUGUAACAUAUUUUACAUAUAAAUAUGUAUUUGUUUUUACAUAUAAAUAUAAUAUCGAUAAAUUACGACAAAAUGAGUAUUUUAUACAAAUAUUUAACAAAAUAAAUUAAUUUUGUGUAUUUUGUCGCAAAAAGUAAACAAAAUUGCGCAAUUCACCAAAUUUUCAUGCGAAGGGUAAAAUAGCGGUGCUAUUGAAAUAGAUAAAAUAAUACUGUUAAUACUCUUCAUUAAAGCUUUUUUUCAUUAAUAGAACGUGUAUAAUAAUUAAACAAAAGUUUGGAAAUUGGAAUGAGAAAAUAAAAUGGAAUACACGCAUACCAUGUAUUACUUGAUUCAAAAAUUUUCAUUUUACAAUUUGUAUUUACAUACAAUAUAAUAUAAAUAUGUUUAUUUGCUGUUUUACUAUCAAAAAACAUUAAUAUUUAUACAAAUUUUAUAUAAAUAUAGUUUAUUAAAUUUGCAGUAAGUAAGAAACUGUAAAUACAAACAUAAUAAAAUGAAUAAUGAAAUGAAUAAUAAAAUGGAUGAAAAAGGAAACAUAGAAAGGAAUGUAUAUGAAUCUCGUUCUUUGAAAAAAUUACCCAGGUCUUCAACGAGACAGAUAAUUUUUCAAUAAUUACGUAGAUGUGAAUAAAGAACUCCUAGUUCUGUCUUGGAAUCGUCCCAGUUCUGCUUUUAGAGGAACCUUGUUUCCGAUUUAUGGACUUGUCUGACCAAGACUCGAGUCUUGUGUAUAAUUAUAUAAUGUAUUCAUAAACCAAAGUGUAGGUUUAUACAUCAAGGUCAAUCGUGAUCUUUAUUACUUGAUAUGGCAAUGAUUUCAAAUGCUGUUCUACGUGCUAAUUAUUAUAAUUAGUGUUUAGACAUGGCGGGAAUAAAUUUUCUCGUCACUUAUCUUGCUUAUCUUGAAUGUUUUGUAAUAUCAUUUAGGUUCGAGUAAUCGUUUUCCUCUUCGCAUGAAGCUAUCGUUUUAAAAUAGAGCAAUUAAGAUUUAGGAAAUAUUUACAAGAAAUGGCGUGUCUAUGUAAUAUGUAUUUGUUUCUAUAAUUUCGAAUAGAUGAAUAUCCGUUACUUCGCAAAGACAUGUUAACGGUUAUUUUAAAUUAUAGGACGAACAUAUCAUUAUAAUUAUCAUAUCAUUAUGAUUUUAUUAAUGUUGCCAAAUAUUGCGACUUGGGUGUAUAUCGAUGAUACAUCAGUAUAUUGACGACUUGCAUGAAUGCAUUAUAAGUAGUAAUAUUUAGUAAAUUUUUCGUUUACAAAUGUUGACUUGUACCAUUGAAAGUGAUUCUAUUUUGACAAAUUUGUCUUGUCUUCACAACUAUUGUAUAAUGUUACAUAUCUGCUCUAAACAAAGAAACAUAGUUUUGCGAAGAUGAAAAUAAUUUAGGAUUCAUUCGCGUGUGAUCGUUACUUAUAAUAAUAGUCCGUAUUUUAUAUAUGUUCCUUUCAUUAUUCGAAUAUCCUUAAAAAAAAAAAAGAAUCGUUAAUGAAUUGUCAAUUUCAAUGACUCCAUAACAGGAGCAGAGAGGUGUGAUAAAAAUUGUUUAUUGCGUAUAUGUCUGUCGUAACGUGAGUGAGUGUUCUGCCGAUAAAAGCGAUAUACUGUACAGUUUUCGUGUAAAUUAUUGAUACGAUAAAUGGAGUUGUUUAGCGUGUAUGUUGUUUACGUUAUGAUUUGACAUAUAGUAUGAGAGUCAUAUAUUAUAAUGAACAACAUCUAAUAUAUUAAAACAAGACUAAAUUAUGUGAUAUAUCUAUAAUUUAUCUUUAGUCAUUUCAUUUUCCCGCUUUUUUUUCAAAUCAUAUCCUACAAAUUGAAUGCAUCAGCAGUUACAUUGUUAUAUCAUAAAUUGUCUGUCUAAACCUAGUCUAUGGAAGGUUACUUUUGAAAAUUUCUGUAAUAUCGAUGUAAUUCAUUUACAUUGAAAAUUUAUGUCGAUUUUUCAAUUAACAUUUACCUAUUUCUAUAUAUUUAUCUAUUUUAAAAAAAGAUUUACUCCUAAAUUCGUUUGUUAAUAAAUAAAUUUGAACAUAAUCAAUAAUUUACACGUUUGCGAUUUGUUUUCAUUGUUCCGAACUUGAAUUGAGAAUGUUCUUUCAUUUCUUUCAAACUAUCGAAGUAAAUAUUCUUAUUGCAUUACAGGAAUUACAGUAUUUUUAAUAUAUUAACGUAUCAUCGAGUUUCUCGUGGGUGCCUAUAUUGAGUAAAGAAAUUUUAUUGAUUCAAAUUAUAUACAAAUUAGUUCGAUUCAUUCGAUUCAUUCGAUUUGUUGUCUAAUAAAUGUUUGUUACCGUUUCAAUAUAAUUUAUUCCAUUCAAAUUGUCUAAAUGGUACGAUUAUCAUUAAUAUGAAUUGAAAAUUAUAAUAUUUGUAAUAUAAAAAUAUUUCUAAAUACAAGUAUCAUUGUAACGUU